AUGGUGGCCAACUUCUUCCAGCAGCAGUCGUCAAAGAAAUCAACGGAAAAAGGAGAAAAGCAUGUCGUUGAUUCGAACUUACAGCCCUGGGUCGAAAAAUAUCGCCCAAAGACAAUUGACGAUGUAUCAUCACAGGAGCACAUCAUUGCUGUACUUGAAAAGACAUUGACUUCGACGAAUCUUCCGCACAUGUUGUUCUAUGGACCGCCAGGAACCGGUAAAACAUCCACAAUCCUUGCUCUUGCACGUCAGCUUUUUGGCCCUGACAACUUUCGCUCGCGUGUUCUGGAGCUCAACGCCUCGGAUGAGCGUGGCAUCUCCAUCGUGCGUGAGAAGAUCAAGAAUUUUGCUCGUCAGACCCCUCGAGCGACUACCGUCGCAUCCGAUGGCAAAACAUAUCCCUGUCCACCUUACAAAAUCAUCAUUCUCGAUGAAGCAGACAGCAUGACACAGGACGCACAAGGUGCGCUCAGGCGUAUCAUGGAGACCUACGCGCGCAUCACUCGCUUCUGCCUUGUAUGCAACUAUGUAACUCGAAUCAUCGAGCCGCUCGCGUCUCGUUGCUCCAAAUUCCGCUUCAAACCCCUUGACGCGACAUCCUCGUCCGCCCGCCUCCAACAUAUUGCCAACGACGAACACAUCACUGUUUCACCACCGGUUCUUUCCGCACUUAUUUCAACAUCCAACGGAGAUCUUCGUCGUGCCAUUACAUACCUCCAGUCCGCGGCCCGCUUAUCUGCCGCAAGCAUACCUCCAGAACCUAUCACAGCACGCGAUGUCCAAGAAAUCGCAGGCGUCGUUCCAGACUCGAUAGUACACGACUUUGCGCGCGCGCUCGGCAUUGAAACCCUACGCGGCUUUGAUUUGAUUCGGGAAAAGGUUAGAAUGCUGAUGCGCGAGGGAUAUUCGGCGUCGCAAAUUUUGUCCCAGCUGCACGAUCUUAUCAUCCUUCACCCGACUCUAGCCUCACGGGAGAAAUCAAAAUGUGCGCUGGUGAUGGCCGAGGCUGAUAAAGCGCUUUGUGACGGCGCGGACGAGGAGCUGUGGAUUCUCGAAGUCGCACUUCGAAUAAAUAAAGCCAUAUCAUCAUGA